AUGGGCAUUCCUUCUUUCACAGCGAUGCUUGCAUACAUGCUUUAUUCUUCUCUUGCCAUAGAACUUGAUUCUCUUCAUGUUUCCCAGUCCCUCAGUGAUGGCAUGACCUUAGUGUCACAAGGUGGAAAAUUUGAACUUGGUUUCUUCAGCCCUGGUAAUUCUUCACACAAGCGUUACUUGGGAAUUUGGUACAAGAAAAUUCCAAUUCAGACAGUUGUUUGGGUUGCCAAUAGGGCCAACCCCAUCAAUGAUUUCUCAGGAAUUUUAACAAUGAAUAGCACAGGCAAUCUUUUACUCACCAAAAAUGGCACUGAGACUACUUUUUGGAGCACAAUCUCUCGAAAACAAGCAAAGAAUCCAGUAUUGGAGCUCUUGGAAAGUGGCAAUCUUGUGUUAAGAAAUGAAGAGGAAUCAAAUCCAAAGGCCUAUUUGUGGCAGAGCUUUGAUUAUCCUUCAGAUACGUUCUUGCCAACCAUGAAGUUGGGAAGGGACCUCCAAAAUGGUUUAGAUCGGCGCAUAACUUCUUGGAAGAGUCCAAAUGAUCCAUCCCCUGGAGACAUUUUUAUUGGUUUAGUUCUAAAUGAUUAUCCAGUCUAUUACAUGAUGAAUGGGACAAAAAAAUUAUUUAGAGCUGGACCUUGGAAUGGCCUAUACUUCAGUGGAGAACCAAAUCUGUCCCAUACAUAUAUUUUUGAAGUCAGUUUUGUAUCAAACAAGGAUGAGAUAUACUUUAGUUUUAACACCAAGGUUGAUUCUAUCACUGGAAGAGGUGUAAUAAGCCAAACAAGUCAAUCUCUUGCACACUAUUUAUGGGAUGACAAUAUUAAGAAUUGGAAAUUUUCUGGAUCAUGGCCAGGUGAUGUGUGUGAUAAAUAUGACCUUUGUGGAGCCUAUGGUUAUUGCAGUGUAGCAGAAUCAAAGCAUGUCUGCCAAUGCUUUAAAGGGUUCAGUCCAAAGUCACCAGAAGAAUGGAACUCAAACAACUCCUCACAAGGAUGCAUUCGUGACAAACCAUUAAGCUGCAAUGUCACAACUAGUGAUGUGUUUGUCAAAUAUACUGGCUUGAAAGUGCCAGAUACUCAGCAUACUAAGGUGGAUGAGAAUAUUACUUUAGAUGAAUGUAGAAAUCUUUGUUUGAAGAACUGCUCUUGCAUGGCUUAUUCCAAUUCAGACAUAAGAGGAGGAGGCAGUGGCUGCGCCAUGUGGUUCGGCAAUCUAAUUGACAUCAAAAUGAUUCAAUCUGGUGGACAAGAUCUAUAUAUCCGAAUGCCUGCUUUUGAGUCAGGUAAGGCCGUAAGGGACAAAAGUUCAUUUUUGAUAAUUGCUAGCACCAUUGCUGCAUCUUGUGCAACACUUCUACUUUGUGUUUAUGUUAUAUACAGAGUCCGAAGGAACAAUAUUGAAAAAUCAAAGAUAGAAGAAUAUAUGGAAGGGCAUGUAAAUGAUACGGAUCUACCAUUGUUUGAUCUACUAACAAUUACUACUGCGACCGAAAAGUUCUCGUUGAAUAACAAAAUUGGGCAAGGUGGUUUUGGACCUGUUUAUAAGGGAAAAUUAGCAGAUGGUCUUGAAAUUGCUGUGAAGAGACUCUCACAUAGCUCUAGACAAGGAAUGACUGAAUUCAUAACUGAAGUAAAGCUAAUUGCGAAACUUCAGCACCGUAAUCUAGUAAAACUUCUUGGUUGCUGCAUUCAAGGAGAAGAAAUUUUGUUAGUUUAUGAAUAUGUGGUUAAUGGUAGCCUGGACAACUUCAUCUUUGAUCAAACAAAAGGUAAGUUGUUGGAUUGGCCUCAACGCUUGGGCAUAAUAUUUGGAAUUACUAGGGGGCUCUUAUAUCUUAAUCAGGAUUCAAGAUUGAGGAUUAUUCAUAGAGAUCUCAAAGCAAGUAACGUUUUACUCGAUGACAAAUUAAAUCCAAAAAUAUCAGAUUUUGGAACGGCCAGAACUUUUGGAGGAGAUCAAACUGAAGGAAACACAAAUAGAGUCGUUGGGACUUAUGGAUACAUGGCACCAGAGUAUGCUAUUGACGGGCUGUACACUAUAAAAUCCGAUGUCUUCAGCUUUGGCAUACUUAUGAUGGAAAUUAUAUGUGGGACUAAAAAUAGAGCUCUUUGUCAUGCAAAUCAAACUCUUAACCUCAUUGGCUAUGCUUGGAGGGUAUGGAAAGAGGAGAAGGCUUUAGAGUUGAUAGAUUCAAGCAUAAAGGAGUCAUGUGUAAUCUCAGAAGCAUUGCGAUGCAUCCAUGUGAGUCUGUUGUGUGUACAACAAUACCCUGAAGAUAGGCCUACAAUGGCCUCUGUGAUUCUCAUGUUAGGAAGUGAGAUGGGUUUAGUUGAGCCUAAAGAGCCUGGCUUCUUUCCCAAGUGGGUUUCUAUCGAAGCGAAUUCGCAGCCACAUCAAUGUGAAGUAUCUACAAAUGAUGACUUAACCAUUACCUCAUUAGAUGGCCGAAUGGGCAUUCCUUCUUUCACAGUGAUGCUUGCUUACAUGCUUUCUUCUUCUUCUCUUGCCAUAGAACUUGAUUCUGUUCAUGUUUCCCAGUCCCUCAGUGAUGGCAUGACCUUAGUGUCACAAGGUGGAAAAUUUGAACUUGGUUUCUUCAGCCCUGGUAAUUCUUCACACAAGCGUUACUUGGGAAUUUGGUACAAGAAAAUUCCAAUUCAGACAGUUGUUUGGGUUGCCAAUAGGGCCAACCCCAUCAAUGGUUUCUUAGGAAUUUUAACAAUGAACAGCACAGGCAAUCUUUUACUCACAGAAAAUGGCACUGAGACUACUUUUUGGAGCACAAGCACAUUCUCUCAAAAACAAGCAAAGAAUCCGGUAUUGAAGCUCUUGGACAGUGGCAAUCUUGUGUUAAGAAAUGAAGGGGAAUCAAAUCCAAAGGCCUAUUUGUGGCAAAGCUUUGAUUAUCCUACAGAUACAUUCUUGCCAACCAUGAAGUUGGGAAGGGACCUCCGAAAUGGUUUGGAUUGGCGCAUAACUUGUUGGAAGAGUCCAAAUGAUCCAUCCCCUGGAGACUAUUCUCUUGGUUUAGUUGUAAGGGAUUAUCCAGUCUAUUACAUGAUGAAUGGCACACAAAAAGUAUAUCGGUCUGGACCUUGGAAUGGCCUUUACUUCAGUGGAUUCCCAGAUCUGUCCUUUACAUAUGUUUUUGAAGACAGUUUUGUCACAAACAAGGAUGAGAUAUCCUAUAGUUAUAACACCAAGCUUGAUUCUAUCAUUGGAAGAGGUGUAAUAAGCCAAACAAGUCCAUCUCUUACAAGUUAUUUAUGGGAUGACAAUCUUCAGAAUUGGAAAGUUUCUGCAUCAACACCAGGUGAUGUGUGUGAUAAAUAUAACCUUUGUGGAGCCUAUGCUUAUUGCAGUGUAGUAGAAUCAAAGCAUGUCUGCCAAUGCUUUAAAGGGUUCAGUCCAAAGUCACCAAAAGAAUGGAACUCAAACAACUCCUCACAAGGAUGCAUUCGCGACGAUCCAUUAAGCUGCAAUAAUGUCUCAAACACUGAUGUGUUUGUCAAAUAUACAGGCUUGAAAGUGCCUGAUACUCAGCAUACUAAGCUGCAUGAGAAUAUUAAUUUAGAUGAAUGCAGAAAUCUGUGUUUGAAGAACUGCUCUUGUAUGGCUUAUACCAAUUCAGACAUAAGAGGAGGAGGCAGUGGCUGCGCCAUGUGGUUCGGCGAUCUAAUUGACAUCAAAAUGAUUCAAAAUGGUGGACAAGAUCUAUACAUCCGAAUGCCUGCUUUUGAGUCAGGUAAGGGACAAAACUUCAUUUUGCUUUAUAGACUUCAACAUCGGUACAAGCAAAAAGUGAUAAUUGCUAGCACCAUUGCUGCAUCUUGUGCAACACUUCUACUUUGUGUUUAUGUUAUAUACAGACUCCGAAGGAACAAUAUUUAAAAAUCAAAUAUAGAAGAGUAUGUAAAUGAUACGGAUCUACCAUUAUUUGAUCUACUAACAAUUACUACUGCCACGCACAAGUUCUCGUCGAAUAACAAGAUUGGACAAGGUGGUUUUGGACCUGUUUAUAAGGGAAAAUUAGAAGAUGGACUUGAAGUUGCUGUGAAGAGACUCUCACAUAGCUCUAGACAAGGAAUGACUGAAUUCAUAACUGAAGUAAAGCUGAUUGCAAAACUUCAACACCGUAAUCUAGUAAAACUUCUUGGUUGUUGCAUUCAAGGAGAAGAAAUUUUGUUAGUUUAUGAAUAUGUGGCUAAUGGUAGCCUAGACACCUUCAUCUUCGAUAAAACAAAAAGCAAGUUGUUGGAUUGGUCUCAACGCUUGGGCAUAAUAUUUGGAAUUACUAGGGGACUCUUGUAUCUUCAUCAAGAUUCAAGAUUGAGAAUUAUUCAUAGAGAUCUUAAGGCAAGUAAUGUUUUACUCGAUGACAAAUUAACCCCAAAAAUAUCAGAUUUUGGAAUGGCCAGGACUUUUGGAGGAGAUCAAACCGAAGGAAACACAAAUAGAGUCGUCGGGACUUAUGGAUACAUGGCUCCAGAAUAUGCUAUUGACGGUUUGUAUUCUAUAAAAUCCGAUGUCUUCAGCUUUGGCAUACUUAUGAUGGAAAUUAUAUGUGGGACUAAAAACAGAGCUCUUUGUCAUGCAAAUGAAACUCUUAACCUCAUUGGCUAUGCUUGGAGGCUAUGGAAAGAGGACAAAGCUUUAGAGUUGAUAGAUUCAACUAUAAAGGAGUCAUGUGUAAUCUCAGAAGUAAUGCGAUGCAUCCAUGUGAGUCUGUUGUGUGUACAACAAUAUCCUGAAGAUAGGCCUACAAUGGCUUCUGUGCUUCUCAUGUUAGCAAGUGAGAUGGAUCUAGUUGAGCCUAAAGAGCCUGGCUUCUUUCCCAAGUGGGUGUCUAUGGAAGCGAAUUCGCAGGCAGAUCAAUGUGAACUAUCUUAUGAUGAAUUAACCGUUACUUCAUUAGAUGGCCGGUGAAAUCAAUGAGUCUGCUACACGUAUCAUAGCCUGGAAUCUGGAUCAUAUGGCUAAGAUUCAAGAUCACUCC